ACUGAGGCCGAACAAGGCCGAGGUUCGUCCAAAAAGUCGGGUCGAAAACUCGUCCGACUAUUAAGGUUUGAACGAAGCUUUACUGACGAGAAUGACAUAUAAGCUUUUCACAUUGCUUAAUAUAUAUCAAGAUGUUAAUGGACAACAUGAAGCAAUAUGCCACUCGAUUAGCGAAAAGGACCUUCGCAGUGAAGGUAAGUAUAAUAGUUUCAUGCAAACGAUAAAUGCGAUGAGCGAAAGCAAAGAAUAUAAAGUAGACGAUAGUCGGGCUACAUUUAGAAACGAACUCGGGAAUGCUGAGGCUUACAAAGCUUUUAUAAAGUCAUUUGUCGUUCUUUACUCGAUCGAUAAUAAUUUAAAAUUUGAUUCUGAGAGGGUUGAUAAAGUUCCGGUCGAGAUGCUGACUGAAGUAACGACUGAAUUGACAAGCCCGCAAACGGAAAUGAAAUUUGAUAACAUGUCACCCUACGAAAUCAUCGAAUAUUUAUGUCAGCAAUCAGAUACUGGGAUGACAACAAAUUCUAAUGAAGGAGCCAAGGAUUUAUCCGUCGCUGACUUAUAUAACGCUGCAGCAAAAAAAGCUUUGCAAGCCAAGCCAUCCGUGAGUGCACCGGUAAACCAGGAUCAGAGCCUUAUGUCACCACCGCAAAGACGACGGAAUUCUCAGCGUUCAAGACAGACGACGACAACUCAAGCACAAGCUUCAACUCCUAAUCCACAAUUCCUGAUGCAAACAGGAAAUCAAACACCCACGCAACAACAAAUCUCGCAGGCACAGAUUCAACCACAAGUAAUGACGACUUCACAAUCUCCAAGUCAAAGGCCAAUACAAAGUCCAGCUCUCAUUCAGCCAAAUUUCUCGAGUCAAGUGCCACAAUCAUCGGCCGAAGGAACUCGUCCAAUUCAACAAAUUCCUAUUGCGGGAGUUCCUAUCCAACUUUCGAAUGGCCAGAUGUCGUUACAACAAGUUCCAUUAAUGCAAGGACAACCCAACGUCCGGCAACAAGGACGACCAAUAGGUCCUGUACGCAUAGUACAAAGCAUUUCAAACCUUACGCAUGCUACUCAAGUAAAUGCAAGACCUGUUACCAAUCAGAGUGUCGCUCAAGGAACAACAAUUCAAAAUACGAUUACAAGUCCAUCAAUGCAAAAAGUUCUUCCAGUUAGAAGAACAACGCAAGGGCAAUCACAGCAAGUGAAUGUUCCGGCACAACAAACUGCGCAAAUGAACAUUUCACCUCAGGCAAAUUCUACUCAAAUGAAUCAAGUACCACAAAUCAAUAUUCCAACACAGCAAACUGAUCCUAGAGUCUCUCAGUUGAAUAUACAAAACCAGAUUAAUCAAGUGCAGUCGGCUGCACAAAUAAGUAUUCCUACACAAGUUGAUCAGAUCAAUAUACAGACAACACCGAGGAUUAAUCCUGGACGAGUUACUCAGAUAAAUUCGCAUCAGACGCGGUCUACACCUCAAAUUAAUAUUCCCGCGCAAGUAUCUGACCAAAUGCAGACUACCCCACGCAUUAAUCCAGCACAGGUCCCACAGCAGCAAUAUCUUCAGCAUCUCGCAGCUAUGCGAAUACCAGCACAACAAAUUCGUGCUAACGGAUUUAUCAGACACCCAGCAGUAAUGAAUAUGCAAGGUUCGAUGCAACAACCAUUUAUGCAAGUGGGAAUCCCGAUACAAGGUCAAUUGUUGCCAGGACAGCAGCAAAAUGGUAUUAGACCGCAAGCGCGUUCGCAAUUCAAUAUACGACCUAUAUACAUACGGCAAAAUGUGGCAAAUAUGGGAAAUGUUCCAAUGAUUCCACAACAAGUAGCGGCACAACAAUUAAUGAAUGGAGGAGGUCAAUGGAUUUUUCAGCAAAACCAAAACCAACCACUUCAGCAACCACCAAAUCCUCAAAAUUCUUGGAAUAAUAAUGGCAACGUAAGUGGUAAACAAUAAAAUUUUUUUUUCUCGUUUAAAAAACGAGAACAAUUUUGAGAUAAACGAAAUUAUAAUUUUAGUGUUAGGAAUUAAUUAUAUAAUAUAAUUUAUUGAAGAGAUAUGCGCUAUUGUAUAACAAUCGUUAAAGGCGGUAUAUUUCUUCUGGAUUCUGUAAAUAUUUUUGUAUUAUGUUGAGUGUAUGUAUAUAAAAACAGAAAUCAAAUUCUUUUGAGUGUAUACGAAUGGCAUACACAAUCAUAUAUGUUAAUAAUUUUAAUAUAUUUUGGGGGAGUAUUGUUGCGCUUCAGUGUCUCCAUUAGUAAU